UGGCUUUUAUUUAUUUACGGGAUUCUAUGAGAACCGUCUCAGACACAUCAGAGGGUAAGAAGGUAGUAGUAAGUACGUGAGUAGUGACAUCGUACCAGCAACAAGCGCACAGAAAUGGACAAGCACAAGAUGGAGGAACAGGUGCCAGAGAACACAGACAAUGAAGAAAUUAUGUUUACGUCUGAAGAUUUUCCAGAGCUCGUUCGCAUAUUCAAAGAGGCGGACGUCGAUGGAAGUGGAGGGCUGGACACAGACGAAUUCUGCGAGGCGAUGAAGGAGUUGUUCCCCAACGCAAAAGCAGAAGACCUGCUAGCCCUCCAUAUGAAAAUUGACGCAAACUGCGAUUACAACGUGGACCUCGGUGAGCUUUUGGAUUAUGUGAGCAAUAGUAAGAAGGCAGUAGAAACCUUGGACCACAAGAACCAACUUUUCCCAAGACCUUUUAAGGUCAUUCCUGUAGAUCACUAUAAAUCGAUAGUUAGUUUGAUGUACUGUCCUCUCAAGGAUGAAGACGUUCCCAAUGUUAAAAGAAAAAAAAAUGAUCCUAAGAAUGACACGGAUGAUUCAUCAGACCAAACCAGGCCUUACAAAACAUACCAGUACAUUUCCAUCACUUCUGAUGGUCUGCUGAAAAUCUGGGGUGAUGACUUCAAGAGCUCUCGCACAGUUUCGCUGCAGGAAAAACAGGAAGAGGCACCUCCCUUUUCGCACCAAAAGAAAAUAAGUGUCACUGACAUGGUGUACAUAAAGGAACUCAAUAGGAUCGCUGUCUCUACUUCUGAGAGGGAGGUGUUGUUCUGUUUUUACAACCAGUCCCCUCUGGAGUUUGGAACACAGUACUCGUUAAUUGAGGAGGAAAACUUUGUGAACGUCCUGAACUACUGGUCUGACGGCAAAAAGGCAAUAUUUUCCUUUGGUGAUGCGGUUGGCUCUUUCUCUUUUUUCAUAUCUAAUGAUGUGAAUUCAGGCCUCUUCUCCCCCAAAGCAUUUGAGAUGAUCUCCUUGAGACCUUACAGAUCCGCUUACGUUUCGACCCUUUUGAAGAACCAGAACAACAACUUCAACAGCUUUAGGAUUUCCCUCUUCAUCGACGAGUGCAGUCAGAUUAAGUACUUUCAAUGCAUCGAAUCAUUUGCGGUCUGCGGUAGGUCUUCUAAGGUGAUGGCCCUCGUAUGUUUGUCCUUUCAUUCCAAGUCCAGCAAACCCAGAAUCUCUAAAAAAGUAUUUAGGAGCACUGGACAUCAUGCGUUUUUCUCCUGUGCUGAAUACUCCCCUUGGUCUGACUUUAUGUUGACUGGUGGUACAGAUGGAUCAAUGAGAAUUUGGCUUCCCUUCAAGAACACAUCCUGUGCACUUGACUUACCAGGACACAAGACACCCGUCACCCACCUUGUCUACAAUACUAUUGAAAACAUAUUUAUCAGUCUUUCAGUUGAUCAGAACAUCCGUGUGUGGACUGAUGGCGACUGGAUCUGUAGACAGAGUUUUUUCGUUGAAUGUUUGAGCAAAGCUCCGAUCACCAGUCUGUAUUACAACACACACAACAAUGAGCUGUUUGUGGCGAACUCAAGUAUGGCGCGGUGUCUGGGAUGUGGCACAGAUAUUUUUAAAGAUGAGCUAACAUCCCACUACAAGCCUGUUUCCUCCAUGCUCUACCAUGGCAUUUUCAAACAGAUCAUCUCCGUUUGCUGGAACGGCAUGGUGACGGUGUGGGACGUCUUCACUGGGAAGGCCGUCAUGCAGUUCAAGAUCACGUCAGAUGAUUGUGUGGGCCCCAUCAUCAUGGUAUUUGAUCAACCUCAGCGAAAAUUAAUAACGGCCGAUCAGGAUGGCAACAUCAGCCAAUGGAAUUUCAACAAUGGGAUAAAUCUCGGGACUAUUUCUCUCACCGUCCCGAAGAGGGUAACAAGUAUCCUAUGCAGAGAAGACAGAUUGUACGUCGCAGCAAGGCAUAUGAGCGUCCUCUUUGACUUUGACACGGACAAUUGUGACCACAGAUUUUGGAAGCAUCGCUUACUGAAGGACAUUGCCUGUGUGGAUGUGCACGAACCCAUUCUGGUUACUGCAUCAAGCACGGGAAAUGUUGUCAUCUGGGAUAUAGAAACUACUGAGGUUUUGUUUUAUCUCACAACCAGUGAAAACCCACGGACAUGCAUGGCAUUAAAAGGCGACCAAGGACACGUUACUACAAAGUUUGCCCAAAGAAAGCAAAAGAAAGGGAAGGAGGCAUGCAUGAAAGAAGAGGAACUUUCCAUUGGCUUUCAUUUUAUAUGUCUGAAGACCAGGGAGGUGACUUGUAAUACAGCCACAGUGCUGUCAACAAACGACGGCUAUAUCUUUGCCUGGUCGACUCUCAUAAAGGGAGGACUGAUAGGAAAGUUUAAGGCAGUGGACAGGGAUGAUGCCUUUAUUACAUCUAUGGUCACGGAUAUGAAGGAAGACAAUCUAGUGACCGGAGAUUCUACAGGAAGGGUUUGUUGGUGGAAUAUUUCCGAUUUUGGUUUUAAAACAAGAGACGACAAAGGACCAUUUGAAAAAAUACAAGGCUGGCCGGUGUCACUGUGUCCACCUCCUUUGCUGGGCUCCUGGGAGGCUCAUCAAAGUAAGUUGGUCAGUGUUGCAUGUGACCCUUUGUGUAAAAACAUAAUUACUGCUAGUCUGGACUGCAACGUCAAACUGUGGACAAACUCGGGUACGUAUGUGGGCCUUUUUGGAAAAGACACGUGGAGGCAGAUUUCUGCACAGUCCCAGGCUAAGGAGAAAACUGACCAGGAGAAAGACAAAAAACCAGAUACACCACCAGCAAUCGCUGAUGGGCCAAGCUCUGUGCCUCAAGAGUCACCACCGCCAUCGCCACCGCCACCGCCAUCACCAUCGCCAUCAACAUCGCCGUCACCAUUGCCAUCACCACCGCCGUCACCACCACUCUCACCGUCGCUGAUAGACUUACAAUUUUCGAUAAAGACACCUGUAAAGGCGAUAAUAGAUGAGGUUAUGUUCCCACAAUAUGCAGUCUUAAAUGUCAUAAAUGAAAAGUCACAAAAUUUUGCAUCGGAGCUGCAAUUUUGGAAAAAAGAGACUCAGGAGUGGAGAAAAGAGCUGAAUCGAUCAACCAUGAAGAUAAAAGAAAGACUACCCGAUAAAUACCACUCAGAAUCACCACAAAAACAGCAAUCAGCUGGUAUGCGGAAGUCAGGACUCAAACCAAAACCUGGUAGGGUUCAGCCCGCACCACAUCCACCCAGCAAAGUACAGCUCCCAGCCAUCGCAGCUAAAGGCCAAGAUGGUACAGCUAAGCAGGGAUCUAAACUAGGGUCAAGUAAAGUACAGCUCCCAGCCAUUGCGGCUAAAGGUCAGCUCACGCGUGCGCCUCUGAUCCCACCCAUCCAAGGCCAGUCUAGCGGUGAAAGACUGAAAGACGGUGCAAACAAACCGGGAUCUAAACGUGUACACCUGCCACCAAUCCCUAAGGUCUAGUCCACCUACAGACACCAACAUCCUAAAACCACGUAAAAGCCAGUAAGGCAAACCAAGUUGUUUGUGCAUGUUUUCUCUGUGGGUUUUCCCCGAGUCCUUCGGUUUCUCCCCACAUUUUGAAGACUUGCACAUGCACUGUAUCACAAAAAAAAAAAAAAAGUCUACUGUCUGUCUUAUUUCACCCACCACCAAACUGUUUCUUGUUUAUGUUAAAAGUUUCUUCCUUGGUGCUUCAUGUCUUGCUUUACUUCCUGUGAUUAUGUGAUUGGUUUCACCUUGUGUGCUCCUUCCUCUGUCGUCU